GGGCAGCCGGGGACUUCCCAGGGCGGGCGGCGAACCCGGUGCCGGACCCGCCUCUCUCCGCCUCCUCGCCCGGGCCGGGGAGUUGCGGGCGGCGGGUUUCCACGGGGCGGCUGCGGAGCGGGGCCAGGAAUUGCCCCCAGCGCCUGGGAUCCGCUAGCCCCGGAGAAUCCGCAUCCAGACCCCGCCGGGGAACGGGGGGAGACCCCAAGCGGAGUGGAAUCGGAUCGGCAGGACAGGUUCUGCGGUCACUCCGGCGCGGGCUCUGAGCGCGCUGACCGAGCGGCCGCCAGGGGGCGCCCCGGGCGGGGACCGGCCGCAGCUGGGACUAAGAGAUUUAGACACUCGCUGCUGAGAGCGGCAGGGACUGGCCGCAACCGGGUCCAAGAGAUUUAGACACUCGAUGAUGAGAGCGGCGGGGACCGGCCGCAGCCGGGACUAGGAGAUUUAGACACUCGCUGCUGAGCGUGGCAGGGACCGGCCCGGGGAUGAAGCUGGCCAUGGCCUGGGUCUCCCUGCCCCUGGUGGUGCUGCUGGAUUUCCUCACCCUGCGCCUGGCCCUGCUGCUCUGCCCCCUGCUGCAGGCCUGGGACCCCCUGGCGCUGGCCUGGGGGGUGGCGCUGGCGCGGUGGGCCCUGCUGAGCCUGAGCGCCCAGGCUGCCCGCGGCAGGGGACAGGGGCUGCCCGGGGGGCUGCAGGACGCGCUGCUGCCCCUGGCCGCCCUGCUCAGCCUGCUGCUGCCCGGCUACGUGACCCUGCAGGCGCUGGCCCAGCCCCGGGCGCCCCCCUCGGAGCUGCUGCACGGCUGGGGGCGAGGGGACGUCUUCGGCCUGACCUACGGCGUGGCGGGGCUGGUGGCCAUGCUCUGGCACCAGCUGUUCCCCGCCGGCAAGGGGGAGCCGGGGCCCUCGGCCUCGCUGGGCCGUCUGCUGGCCUGCAUGAGGCCCGACCUGCUGCGCUUCGUGGCCAUCGCGGGGUUCCUGGUGCUGUCCUCGCUCGGGGAGAUGGCGAUCCCCUAUUACACGGGGCGCAUGACCGACUGGAUUGUGAGCGAGGAUGACCCCUCAGCCUUCGUCCGGGCCAUCUGGGCCAUGUCCCUCAUCACCGUGGGCAGCGCGGUGACAGAGUUCGUGUCCGACUGUCUCUAUAACGGCACCAUGAACCGGAUCCACACGCGAAUCCAGAGCCGGGUCUUCAGCUCCGUCCUGCGCCAGGAGAUCGGCUUCUUCCACACCAACCGCACCGGGGACAUCACGUCGCGGGUGACGGCCGACACGGACGCCAUGAGCGAGGCGCUGAGCGAGAAGCUGAACCUGCUGAUGUGGUACGGGAUGCGCGGAGUCUUCCUCUUCGGCCUCAUGGUGCAGGUGUCGCUGCGCCUGGCGCUCUUCACCGCCGUGGGGCUGCCCCUCAUCCUGCUGGUGCCCAAGUUCUCCGGGAAAUUCCACCAGAGCUUGGCACAGCGGGUGCAGGAGUCCCUGGCCAAGGCCAACGAGGUGGCGGUGGAGACCUUCCAGGCCAUGCCCACGGUGCGCAGCUUCGCCAACGAGGAGGGGGCCGCCCGGCGCUACGGGCAGCGGCUGCAGGAGACCUACCGGCUCAACAGGCAGGAGGCAGCCGCCUACGCCGCCUCCAUGUGGACCAACAGCCUGUCGGGGCUGGCGCUGAAGGUGGGGAUCCUGUACUACGGGGGGCGGCUGGUCACCGCCGGAGCCGUGAGCACCGGGGACCUGGUCACCUUUGUCCUCUACGAGAUGCAAUUCACCACGGCCGUGGAGGUGCUGCUCUCUGUCUACCCCAGCGUGCAGAAGGCCGUGGGCUCCUCGGAGAAGAUCUUUGAGUACAUGGAGCGGACGCCCCAGAUCAGCUCCCCCGGGACGCUGGCCCCCCCCACCCUGCGCGGGCACCUCCAGGUGCAGGACGUCUGGUUCUCCUACCCUGGCCGGGACGACACCCCCGUGCUCAAGGGGGUGUCUCUGGAGCUGCGCCCCGGGGAGGUGACGGCGCUGGUGGGCCCGUCGGGCGCGGGGAAGACGGCGCUGGUGGCCCUGCUGGAGCGUUUCUAUGAGCCCCAGUGCGGGCGCCUGCUGCUGGAUGGGCGGGACCUGCGGGAGUACGAGCAUCGUUAUCUGCACAGCAAGGUGGCGCUGGUGAGCCAGAAGCCGGUGCUGUUCGCCCACUCGCUGCACGAGAACAUCGCCUACGGUCUGGGGGGGCGCAGCCGGCAGGAGGUGACGGGGGCUGCCCGGCGCGCCAACGCCCACGGCUUCAUCGCCCAGCUCAGCCACGGCUACGACACAGACGUUGGGGAGAUGGGGGGGCAGAUCUCGGGGGGGCAGAGGCAGGGGGUGGCCAUCGCCCGAGCCCUGCUCCGAGACCCCCGAGUGCUGAUCCUGGACGACGCCACCAGCGCCCUGGACACGGAGAGUCAGCUGUGGGUGGAGAAGGAGAUUUACGAGGGGGCCCGGGUCGAGCGCUCGGUGCUGCUCAUCGCCCAUCGCCUGAGCGCCGUGGAGCGAGCCGACCGCAUCCUGGUGCUGGAGGACGGGGAGAUCCGGGAGCAGGGCACCCACCGGGAGCUGCUGGCGCGCCGGGGCAGCUACUGGCGCCUGGCGCAGAAACAGCUCAACGGGGACGUGGGGGGCGGCUCUGAGGAGGGGCUGGGGGCUGGGGGGCCGACCCCCCUGCGCCCUCAGCCCCUCUCCAUGCGCCCCUGGAGCGUGCUGGCCCCGCUGCGCCCGUCACCGGCCCAGUUCCUGCAGACGUUCUCCGCCGAGGGCCGGGACCGGGUGCGGAUCCAGCUGGCACAUGGCACCACCACCCUGGCCUUCAAAUUCCAGCACGGGGUCGUCGUGGCCACCGACUCCCGGGCAUCGGCCGGCAAAUACAUCUCCACCCUGCAGUUCAACAAGGUGAUCGAGAUCAACCCCUACCUGCUGGGCACCAUGUCGGGCAGCGCCGCCGACUGCCAGUACUGGGAGCGGCUCCUCGCCAAGCACUGCAGGCUCUACGCCCUGCGGAACAAGGAGCGGAUCAGCGUCUCGGCCGCCUCCAAGCUGCUGUCGAACAUGCUGUGCGAGUACCGGGGCAUGGGGCUGUCCGUGGGCAGCAUGAUCUGCGGCUGGGACAAGAAGGGCCCCGGGCUGUACUACGUGGACGAUAAUGGGGCGCGUCUCUCCGGCCCCAUGUUCUCCACGGGCAGCGGGAACACCUACGCCUAUGGGGUGAUGGACAGCGGGUACCGGCCCGACCUCAGCGUGGAGGAGGCAUACGACUUGGGGCGCCGCGCCAUCUCCUAUGCCACCCACCGCGAUGCCUACUCCGGGGGCGUCGUCAACAUGUAUCACAUGAAGGAGGACGGCUGGAUCCGUGUCGGACGGACGGACGUCAGUGACCUGCUGCACCAGUACACGGACGCCAAGCAGUCAGGGGGCCCAGGUGCCUGGGGAGGGGUGGCUGGAGAAUCUCCACAAUGCCCCCUAUUCCCGUGGAGACCCCUCUCCCCGGUUCCCGGCCCCCGGGCAGCGCUGUGGCAGCAGCGGGCGGGGCCCGGCCCGGGAAUCCCCCGAAAGCGAAACCGGGCGGGCUCGGCGGGGUCCGGCGCUGCCGCCCCGGGAGAAGGAGCCGGAGCCGGAGCCGGAGCUGCAGGCCCUGUCGCCGCCAUGGCGCUGCCCCUCACCCUGCGUCUGGGCUGCCCCCUGCUGCUCUGCGACCUGGCCCUGUGGGCCCUGCUGGGCUGGGGCGCCCCCUCGCUGGCCCCCCUGGGGCUGCCAGUCACCUGGCUGGAGGCUGCUGUGCGUUUCCUAGGGCUCUGGGGGGCCUGGGGGCUGCUGGCCCCGGAUCGGCCCCGCCUGUCCCCCCCCAGGGCCCUGGCUGCGCUGUGCCUGCUGCCCCCCCUGUACCUCACCCUGCGGCGCUGCCUGCCCCUGCCCGACGUGCCCCCCACCCUGCUGGCCGGCGCCCCCUGGGCCUGGCUUCUGCUGAGCUAUGGGGCAGUGGGGCUGGCCCAGCUCACCUGGGGGGCCCUGGGGCAGGAGGACAGGGCUGGGGGGCCCGGAGCUGAGGACACAGAACGGGAGUCCAGGGCCAUCCUGCGCCGGCUGGUGGGGCUCUCCCGGCCUGACGUGCCCGUCCUGUCCGGGGCCUUCGUCUUCCUCACCCUGGCUGUGAUCGGUGAGACCUUCAUCCCUUACUACACGGGGCGCGUCAUCGACAUCCUGGGCAGCGCCUACGACCCUGACGCCUUCUCCACUGCCAUCGGCCUCAUGUGCCUGGCCUCCUUCGGCAGCUCCCUGGCCGCCGGCUGCCGCGGGGGGCUCUUCAUGUUCACGCUGUCCCGGCUCAACAUCCGCAUCCGCCAACUCCUCUUCUCCUCCCUGGUGCACCAGGACCUGGCUUUUUUCCAGCAGGUCAAAACAGGGGACCUGACCUCGCGCCUCUCCAAGGACACCACCAUGAUGAGCCGCUCGGUGCCAGCCAACGCCAACAUCUUCCUGCGCAGCCUGGUGAAGGCGCUGGGGCUGUACGGCUUCAUGCUGGGGCUCUCCUGGCGCCUGACGCUGCUCACGCUUAUCGAGAUGCCCCUCACCAUGGCUGCUGAGAAGGUCUAUGAUGCCCGCCACCAGGCCGUGCUGAAGGCGAUCCAGGACUCCCUGGCGCUCUCCGGCGAGGUCGUGCGCGAGUCCGUCUCCUCCAUCGAGACCGUGCGCAGCUUCGCCACCGAGGAGGAGGAGUCGCGGCGCUACGAGGCGGCGCUGGCCGAGACCCACCGGCUGAAGAACCGCCGUGACCUGGAGAGGGCGCUCUACCUGCUCUUUUGCCGGCUGCUGCAGCUGGCCGUGCAGGUGCUGAUGCUGUACUGCGGGCACCAGCAGAUCCGCGCCGGGCUCCUGACCAAGGGCAGCCUGGUCUCCUUCAUCCUCUACCAGGGGGACGUGGGCAGCUACGUGCAGACCCUGGUGUACAUGUACGGGGACCUGCUGAGCAACGUGGGGGCGGCGGAGAAGGUGUUCGAGUACCUGGACCGGGAGCCGGCCGUGCGCACCGACGGGACGCGGGCGCCGGAGUCGCUGCAGGGACACGUCUCCUUUCACAACGUCUCCUUCUCCUACCCCUCCCGCCCGGACCGCCAGGUCCUAAAGGCCGUGUCCUUCGAGCUGCGCCCUGGGGAGGUGACGGCGCUGGUGGGGCUGAACGGCAGUGGGAAGAGCACGUGCGUGGGGCUGCUGGAGCGGUUCUACGAGCCCCAGGCCGGGGAGAUCCUGCUGGACGGGGCACCCCUCCGGGAGUACGAGCACUGGUACCUGCACCGCCAGGUGGCCCUGGUGGGGCAGGAGCCCGUCCUCUUCUCCGGCUCCAUCCGGGAGAACAUCGCCUACGGGCUGGGGGGCUGCGGGGAGGAGCAGGUCACCAAGGCGGCCAGAGCAGCCCAUGCCUCCGGGUUCAUCGUGGAGCUGGACAGCGGCUUUGAGACAGACGUGGGGGAGAAGGGCGGGCAGCUCUCGGCGGGGCAGAAGCAGCGGAUCGCCAUCGCCCGGGCACUGAUCCGCCAGCCAGCCGUGCUGAUCCUGGAUGAAGCCACCAGUGCGCUGGAUGUGGAGAGCGAAUGCGCGAUCCGCCAGUCGGUGCUGAGCCGGGGGCGCCGGACGGUGCUGGUGAUCGCCCACCGCAUGCAGACGGUGGAGAACGCCGACAGGAUCGUGGUGCUGGAGGGCGGGGCCGUGGCCGAGGAGGGGACGCACACUGAGCUGAUGGGGCGCAAGGGGCCCUACUACAGACUGGUGCAGAGAGACCUGGCCGAGUAACCCCCCCGCCCCGGGGAAUAGCCCAACACCGGCGUUACGGCCCGUCCCCUCCUCCCCCCGGCACAGGGGGACAUGGAACAUACUGACAGCAGCUGAUUAGCGUCUGAUGUCGGGUCACUGGUUUAUCGCCUGCGUUAGGGUUUAGAUCAGCGUUUCUCAAAUGUGGCCACAUGCGGCCACCAGGGGUUUGUCUUGUGGCCACAACCUCCUGGGCAGUGAUGGGGGUGGGGGUGGCAAAGCAUUCACCCCUUCCACGGGGCCACCCAUGGGGAUUGGGCCCUGCCCCCCUCUGAAACCACAAUCUCCAGAGGAACAGGCAGCCAGUGUGAGUUCCCCCCUUUCCCAGGGGCAGUGGGGCUCAGGCUUCCGGCUUCUGCCCUAGGGCGUUGGACGGCUGGCUCCGGCCAUGGGGUUCAGGUUCCAGCUGUCAGGGGUUCGGGCUCCAUCCCCUGGCCGUGGGGCAUCAGGCCCGCCCCGGGGCUCAAAACUCCCCCAUCACCCAUGGCCCACACUGCCUUCCCCAGCCCUCCAUUGCCCCUGGCCUCCACUGCCUCCCUACCCACCUGUCCAUUCAAAGCUUAACUUGUGCCCCGGCUAGCCAGGGCUGAGUAAGUCUGCUGUGAAAAGUGAUAUUAACAAACCUACAAAUAUCAGUUUUCACAGGAGCAAACUUACUAGCUAGCAAAUCUAAAAAAAACAACCAAAAGAAACAACAACAACAAAGAGAAGAAUGUGCAAAGCACCUUAUUUUGUUUCUAUUCUGUUUAGGGCCAGUAAAGAAUAGAGACAACUGUACGUUAUUUUUAUUAUUGAGUCUGAAAAAACCCUACAUAAAUAAAUUACAAUGAUUUGGACAUGGA